AUGGAUUUCCAUCAAGAACAGUCGUAUCCUCCACGCCAGGGCCAGCCGUUUUGCAGGCCAUUCUUCCUCCGUAUCCGGAACAUUGAACACACCCAAGACCCACAAAUCCCGCCUCCUGAAAGGGGCCCCGACUUCUACUGGGCGCCACCCGAGUCGAGAAAUCAGUUCAGGCUGAAGGAUACGACUUCUUGGUGGAUCUGGGACCCGGAAGAAUAUCCACGCGCCUACAACUUGCAGCGCCUGCGCCCUGCAACGCCAGAGGAGAAUGAGCGUCGCGUCACGCUCAGGAGCUGCACCAUGUUCUGGGGCCCGGACCGCCAUGGCUAUCUGAUUGUGCCGGUUGAUUGCCUGAAGAUCGAAUUAUCCUCUACCACCUUACCCUGGCGACGACUUUCCUUCGGACGCACCCGCAAGCCAGAGACGGCCCAGGUUGCGCUGGCCGGCUACCAUAUGGAGCGAUACCAUCUUCAUAUCCCAGGGCCCGAACAUUGGUUUGAACAACUACUGCCCGUCGUAUGUGAGCCACCGUCGCUGGCACCUAGAACAUGCACGCUUGCCGGUGACCUGAGUGUGCUGGUUGGCUUGAUCGCUUUUUCGGCCGAUCCAUCAACUGCCAUCCGGGCGGUGGAUCAGUCUUUCCGACCGAAUCCUGCGUCGACUAGAUUCCACCCCAAUCAAUUGCCCAAAUAUCCACAAAACCUAUUCCGCGGGAUGAUCAUUGAAAUCGGAUACGAUCCCUUCGUGGUGACCGAAGCAGAGCUGCGCCAAUGGGAGGACGGUCGUUGGGGAGAGAUCUUCAGCUGA